AUGAUAUAUUUUAAAUAUUAUUAGGUUAGACUAGUUGUUUUUUCUUUUCUAGUUGUUUUUUUUCUUUCUUCUAUUCAAAUCUCACAGGCAGGAGGAAAAUUUGAACGGAAUGCCAUUUCACAAACAGCCGACAACUAAGUUCGUCAAAUUCAAGUACAACCACAUCGUUAAGUUCAGGGACAAGCCACCCGGACUCAAUUAUGCUUACGAGCUCGAUGAUUCAUAUCAAGAGCCGAUCGUCAAGAUUUUCCAACAGCUAUGGGGUGGGCUGAGAGGGAAACUGAAGCCGGCUCAUUACUACAAAGAGUUCUUCGAAGAGGACGACUACAAGAUGCUCCGCUGCGAGCAGAACUGCUUUGAGAUAAUCAACUCGACAAGAAAACGCUACGCCAUCAAUAACAAAAGAGCUCAUUUACGGUUUUCGGAAGGCAAUAAACGCCUCGCUUAUUUACCACUUCUUUACAAGCCGAUGCACCUUGCGAGCAAAUACUGCACGUUGAUGUGGCACGUACAGACAAACUUUGCCAAAACAGACCAGUGUUUUACGCAUGAAGUGAAAAAGGCACUUGACAGAGUCAUCUACAAACUUGACACGAGCAAUUUUCAAACAAACUCUUUAGUCUUGUCACCGCUCGUUCUCAACUUCAAAUAUCUCGAUGCACAGAUCAAACACCAGCUUUGCCUUGCUUUGGCCCACGUUGUAAAAAAUCAGACAAAUUUGAAGCAUGUUGUUUUGGAAAAUUCUCAGAUGAAUUUGUCAGAAGGGAUAAGACUUCUCCUCCUCCUUGCAUUAGGCGCGGGCCAUUCGCUCAAAACACUCAAUUUAUGGUAUUACUUCAAAAAUGGGCUACUUCCAAUCCCUGAAAAGGGUCAAACAUUUUCUGAAUACGAUCACUUCAAGUAUAGCAGAGAAGAAGACCUGAGACCGUCGGAGUCAUCUAGGGAAUUUAUCUGGCAUCACAGAGUCAUCAAUGCUGACUUACAAGACAUCCCGUCUUCAAAAAUAUGCGAAUAUUUCAAGAUCAGCCUAGGCCUUUUAGAAAACCUCACCGUCCUUUGGAUCCACUACGCCUGGCUUGCUGGAAGCCAAGGUCGGACUUUAUGCCAGCUUGGCUGUAUAAAAUUCAAAACUUUAAAAAGUCUCCAUCUCCUUUAUAAUGACUUGGAGACGACAGAUAUAAUAAAACAGAAGAUAUCGAGAGCAGCUUGGAAAUACGUCGAGAGCAAGGUCCCAAGGCUUGAAGUCUCUCUCACACUCGUUAAUAUAUAUCACUACAACGAUGUCAAAUCAGUUCUAAUGGACAACAUACCACUUGUCGAGUUUAACAUGACAGGAGGAAUGAUAUUCAGGGAGCUGGCAAAUUACAAGCCUCCCUGGCUCGACUGUAUUUUCAGGAUGCUGGUCUUCUUUUACUCAAAGACGCUGAAAAGGAUCAGCAUUGAGAAUUGGCAUCCGCAUCAGCUUAUGGACGUGAGUAUUGGAAAGCUCCUGACAAAAAUCCCAUCGCUUGAAGAAUUCGAGUACCAAGGACAGCUGGACAAAUGUGACACGGUCAAUAAAAUAUGCCAAUACCUCAUGGAACACAAAACGAGGAUUAAAAGGGUUCACUUGUUGAUCCAGUAUGACCCUUGCUUUCCAAGGCCGUGGGAAGAAUUUGUUUCGAAAAUGAACAAUAGGUACAAGGAUUAUUUGAGCACUCUGGGUAUUGAUUUUGUACUCAAACUUUACAAAUCUUAAAUAUAACAAAAAAAAAAUUGAAAAAUUAAAAUAAAAAGCAUUUUAUUUAUAACAAAUUUUAACAUUCUAACAAAACUUUAGUAUCAGUAUGUGCCAUGAAAGAUUUAAAGAAUGAAUGACAUUUGUGGAGAGCCUUUAGUUUGGCCAUUUUUGAUCGUUUUUGGCCCCGUUAGUCUCACUGUUUUGGUCUGUCAGAUGGUAAUGUGCAGGUCGAGGCAAGAUUUUUUUCCAGGUUUUUAUGGAAAGAAGGUUGAGAAGAAAAAUUUGUGUCACGAGCUACACAUGGGAGACACAGCUUUAUGCCAGGCAAUAAAAUUUUCUUGUCAAACUGCACAUCCACUUCUACAACUAUUUCCAUGGUGGAUUUCGUAACUGCUCUAGUUCAUAUGGAAUGAGCCAAGGCUGGAAAAAAUUGUAUAAUGGCAAACGUCAAGGUUAUAAACAGGUCA